AUGGUAUCAAGAUUGUGGAUCUUCAGAAGUCUCAAAAUCAAGUUUUUCUGAAGCUUCAGUCAAAAGGGUUGAAAGGAGGAGGUCGUUUUGGACAAACAACUCCACCACUUGUUGAUUUUCUUAAGGAUAUUUUAAGAAGAUACCCAGAAGGAGGACAGAUUCUUAAGGAACUGAUACAGAAUGCAGAAGAUGCUGGUGCCACAGAGGUUAGGUUUUUGUAUGAUGAAACUCAGUAUGGAACAGAAACUCUAUGGUCAAAGGACAUGGCACAAUAUCAGGGGCCAGCAUUUUAUGCAUACAACGAUGCAAUUUUUACCCCUGAGGACUGGCAUGGUAUACAGGAAAUAGCAAGAAGCAGGAAGAAAGAUGAUCCCCUGAAAGUUGGAAGAUUUGGAAUUGGCUUUAAUUCAGUUUAUCAUAUAACAGAUGUCCCUAGUAUUUUCAGUGGUGACCAGAUUGGAAUGCUUGAUCCCCAUCAAACCCUUUUUGGACCUCAUGAAUCAGGCCAGUGUUGGAAUCUAAAAGAAGAUAGCAAAGAAAUCAAUGAACUUACAGACCAGUUUGCACCAUUCAUUGGUGUAUUUGGCAGCACUAAGGAAACCUUUAAGAAUGGAAACUUUCCUGGUACGUUUUUUCGUUUCCCACUUCGCCUGCAGCCUUCCCAACUGAGCAGCAAUGUUUACGACAAACAGAAGGUUUUGGAGCUGUUUGAAUCCUUCAGAGCAGAUGCAGACACAGUAUUGCUCUUCUUGAAGAGUGUUCAGGAUGUUUCAUUGCAUGUUAGGGAAGCUGAUGGAACCGAGAGACUGAUUUUUAGAGUAACUGCUAGUGAGAACAAGGCCUUGAAACAUGAAAGACCCAAUUCUAUCAAAAUCUUAGGAACUGCAAUAAAUCAGUAUUGUAAGGGAGUUCCAAGCAAUAGCAUAACAUGUGUGACAUACCAUGUAAAUAUAGUUGUAGAGGAUGAGAGUGUUAAGGACGCACAGAAAACAUCUUGGUUAGUAUGCAAUUGUGUAGGUGGUCGAGGAAUGUGUACUGAACUGGAUUGUUUAGCUGAUGACUUGAAAUUUGUUCCUACUAUUGGAAUAGCUAUGUCUUUACCAACUAAUGGGGAGGAAAAAGGAGCUGUAGCAGAUUUUUCAGGAAGAGCAUUUUGUUUUCUGCCUUUGCCUCCAGGUGAAGAAAGCAAAACUGGACUCCCAGUUCAUGUUAGUGGUUUCUUUGGUCUCACAGACAAUAGGAGGAGUAUCAAAUGGCGAGAGCUGGAUCAAUGGAGAGAUCCAGCAGCUUUGUGGAAUGAUAUUCUUGUGGUAAAUAUAGUGCCAAAGGCAUAUACCACCCUUAUUUUGGAAGCUAUCAAACGAAUGGAGACUGAGAAGAAUUCGGAUUUUCCAUUGUCAGCUGAAAGAAUUUAUAGGUUAUGGCCUGAUGAGAACAAAAUCAGGGUACCCUGGAAACCAAUUGUAGUACCUCUCUUUAAAGAGCUGCUCCAGCAUACAGUUAUUUACUCAGUGAGUAAUCAGUGGAUAAAGGUGGAACAGGUGCACUUUUCUGAAAUGGAUGAGAGUUUGGAGUACACACAGUCUGUUCUCAACUACCUCCAGAAUUCAGGGAAGCAGAUUGCCAAGGUACCAGCAAAUAUUGCUAGUGCAGUGUAUCUUACUAUUUCUACUGCUAAAGCUGUGAAAAAAGUGACUCCUGCUGUAGUACGGCAAGUACUAAGGAAAUAUGGACACAGUGGACCUGCUGAAGAAAAGCUUCAUCUUCUAGAAUUUGUGCUUUCUGAUGGAGUCUACAGUGAACUGAUUGGUUUGGAGCUUUUGCCAUUACAGAAUGGAAAUUUUACUCCUUUUUCCUCAUCUGUGUCAGAACAAGAUGUAGUUUACAUAACCUCAGAAGAAUAUCCCAGAUCACUCUUUCCUGGCCUGGAAGGAAGGUUACUUUCUGAUGACCUGAAGCCUGAGGUUCUAGCUGCUUUGAAAGAAGCUGCCAAAAGCCGAGCCCAACAACUUCUCUGGGGAUUUUCAGUAAGACCGUGCACUCAGCUGCAGCUUCUGAACCCAGAAAGAUUUGCCCGGCUCAUUAAAGAAGUUAUGAAUAGCGUGUGGCCUGGCAGAGACGUGGUGGUACAGUGGUAUCCAGGUUUGGAAGACAAAAAUCACCCAUCAGUUUCCUGGCUUAAGAUGGUCUGGAAGAACCUAUAUAUACAUUUUUCUGAUGACUUGAGUGUGUUUGAUGACAUGCCGCUUAUCCCCAAGACACUGCUGGAGGAAAACCAAACAUUAGUGGAACUGGUUAGAUUUAGGAACCCAUCACCUAUCAUUCUGGAAGACGAAUCUGAGACUCAGCUCCCGGAAUACUUGGCUGAUAUUAUUCAGAAGGUUGGUGGAGUUGUACUUAAGAAGCUGGAUAUUUCUAUCCAACAUCCACUCAUAAAAAAAUACGUGCAUCCACCAUUACCAAGUGCUGUUUUACAAAUAAUGGAAAAAAUGUCCUUACAGAAACUAUGCAGUCAGGUUGCAUCAUUCCCGUCAACGCAUAAAGAUGCUCUUAGGGCAUUCUUAGCUAGUUUAACUGAUGCAAACGAAAAAGAGAGAAGAAUUAUUCAGGAAUUGCUAAUAUUUAAAAAAAUUGAAAAAUCAUCUGAUGAAAGUGUCCCUGUUUUUACUGGCCUAAAAGGUAGUAAGGUCUUACACCACACUGCCAAAAUUCCUCCUGGUCUAAGAUUUUCUAUUCCAAUAAUUGACAGCAGUGAUGAAGCUACUAUUCGCUUAGCUAACCUGCUGAAAAUAGAACAGCUAAAGAGCACAGAUUGCUUGAAGUUUGUUAUACAAGACAUUAGAAGUGACUUUUAUUCGUACAAUGAAACAACACAGAUAAUGCAAUGGGUUCUUGAAAAUCUGACUUUUCUGAAAAAUGAGAAUACAGAUGUGAUAGAUUGGCUGACAUCACUAAAGUUUAUUAUGAUUUCCCAGGAAAAGAUAAUGUCAGCAAAUGAACUCUUUGAUCCUGAGGUAGAACUUCUGCAAAAUUUGUUUUAUGCUGAGGAGGAAAUUUGCUUCCCCCCUGUUAUUUUUACCUCUUCAGAUAUUCUUCAUUCUCUGAGACAAAUAGGCUUAAAAAAUGAGGCCAAUCUUGAGGAAAGUGAUAUUAUGAGAGUGGCAAAUAAAGUUGAAAGUUUGCAUGUUAACUCUAAUACCAAUCAUGAUUUACUGUUAAAAAAAGCUAGAACUCUCUUGAUGAUUUUGAACAAAAACCAUACACUGCUUCACUCAUCUGAAACAAAAGCUGCGCUGAAAAAAAUAAAAUGGAUUCCUGCAUGUAAGGAAAGACCUCCAAAUUAUCCAGGAUCCUUAGUUUGGAAAGGAGAUCAUUGUAAUCUGUGUUCUCCACCAGAAAUGUGUGAUAUAUCUCAUGCAAUUUUAGUUGGUUCUUCAGUUCCUCUUGUGGAAAAUGUGCUGUUGGAUAUAGAAAAAGCACUUGGCAUCCCCACCAAGCCCAGCAUAAAAGCAGUCUUAAAGCAUUUCAAGGUGGUGGUCGAUUGGCACAGUUCUAAAACCUUCAGUGAUGAGGACUAUUAUCAAUUUCAGCAUAUCUUGCUUGAGAUCUAUGGAUUUAUGCAUGAUCAUCUAGAAGAAGGCAAAGAAGCUUUUAAAGCCCUGAAAUUUCCCUGGGUUUGGACAGGUAAAACAUUUUGUUCCCUCACACAAGCAGUAAUAAAGUCAGUACCUGAUCUUGAUCUUCAGCCUUAUCUACAUUAUGUGCCAAAAACUAUGGCGAAGUUUCACCAGUUGUUUAAAUGUUGUGGUUCAAUUGAGCAGUUAACACCAGACCAUGUUUCUAUGGUCAUUCAGAAAAUAUAUCUAAAAAGUGAGCAGUCUCUCUCAGAACAAGAGAGUAAACAAAAUCUUCACAUUAUGUUGAGCAUCAUAAGAUGGCUGUACAGCAAUCAGAUUCCUGCAAGUCUGCAUACACCCAUGCCACUAUACAGUGGCAAACUUCCUUAUAAACUUGCAAUGAGGCCAAUUCAUGAGUGCUGUUAUUGUGAUAUCAAAGUUGAUGACUUAAAUGAUUUGCUUGAAGAUUCUGUUGAACCAAUAAUUUUGGUGCAUGAAGACAUACCAAUGAAAACUGCUGAGUGGUUAAAUGUCCCAUGCCUUAGCACAAGAUUGAUUAAUCCAGAAAAUAUGGGAUUUGAGCAAUCUGGGCAAAGAGAGCCUCUGACUGUAAGAAUUAAAAACAUUUUGGAAGAAUACCCUUCCAUUUCAGAUAUCUUUAAAGAGCUUCUUCAAAAUGCUGAUGAUGCUAAUGCAACGGAAUGUAAUUUCCUGAUUGACAUGAGAAGAAAUAUGGAUAUAAGAGAGAAUCUUCUGGAUCCAGGAAUGGCAGCAUGUCAUGGUCCAGCUUUGUGGUCAUUCAAUAAUUCUGAAUUUUCUGACUCUGAUUUCCUAAAUAUAACUCGCUUAGGAGAGUCUUUGAAAAGGAGUGAAGUUGACAAAGUGGGAAAAUUUGGACUGGGAUUCAAUUCUGUUUAUCAUAUCACUGAUGUUCCUAUUAUUUUGAGCCGCGAGUUCAUGAUUAUGUUUGAUCCAAAUGUUAACCAUAUCAGUAAGCAUAUUAGAGAUAAAUCUAACCCUGGGAUCAAAAUCAACUGGAGUAAACAACAGAAGAGGCUGCGAAAAUUUCCCAAUCAGUUUAAGCCAUUUAUAGGAGUUUUUGGUUGCCAGCUACCACUAACUGUAGAAUCUCCUUACAGUUACAAAGGAACGCUUUUCAGGCUGUCCUUUAGAACUCAGCAGGAAGCUAAAGUGAGUGAAGUCAGCAGUGCAUGUUACAAUACAGCAGACAUUUACUCUCUUGUGGAUGAAUUUAGCAUUUGUGGUCAUAGACUGAUAAUAUUUGCUCAGAGUGUAAAUUCAAUGGUUUUGAAAUACUUGAAAAUUGAGGCAGAUGAUCCUGGGGUGGCACAAGAUGUUGUCACUAUCAAAAAAAAUCUGUGUUCUUCCAAAGCCUUGACUGCACCAAAUGUAAGUGUGUUAAAGGAGGCAGCUAAACUCAUGAAGGUCUGCAGCAGCAGUAAUAAAAAGCUUCCCACUGAAACACCGAAGUCCUCAUGUAUCUUACAGAUAGUAGUAGAAGAAUUUCACCAUGUAUUUAGGCGGAUUGCUGAUUUACAGUCUCCACUUUUCAGAGGUACGGAAGACGAUCCAGCUUCUUUCUUUGAAAUGGCUAAAUCAGGACAGAUAAAAAGAUCAGCUGAUGAAUUGCCACAGAAAACAGUAGAUUCAACAACAUGGCUUCUAUGUUCUUGCAUGGACACUGGAGAUGCUCUGAAAUUUUCAUUACAUGAAAGUGGACGAAGACUAGGUCUUGUUCCCUGUGGUGGAGUAGGAGUGUUGCUGUCUGAAACCCAGGAUCAAAAGUGGAUUGUGAAACCUAACUGCAACAACAUAGGUGAAGUAUUCUGCUAUUUACCUCUACGAAUAAAAACAGGCUUACCUCUUCAUAUAAAUGGCUGCUUUGCAGUUACUUCAAAUCGGAAAGAGAUCUGGAAAACGGACACGAAAGGGAGAUGGAAUACAGUAUUCAUGAGGCACGUUAUUGUAAAAGCCUACAUAGAAGCACUUUGUGUUCUACGUGAUAUGGCAAUCAAUGGUGAGCUAGUUGACUACAGUUACUGUGCAGUGUGGCCAGAUCCUGAUUCAGUUCAUGAUGAUUUUUCUGUUAUUUGUCAAGGGUUUUAUGAAGACAUAGCUCAUAUGAAAAGCAAAGAAGGGAUCAAAGUGUUUUCUGAUGGUUUCUCUUGGGUUUCCAUGAAGAAUGUAAGGUUUUUAGAUGACUCUAUACUGAAACGACCAGAUGUUGGACCGUCAGCCUUUAAGAUCUUUCUGAAGUACCUUAAAAAAACUGGUUCCAAAAAUCUGUGUGCUGUAGAUCUCCCCUCCUGGGUAAAGACAGGAUUUGAAGAAGCAGGAUGCAAAUACAUAUUAUUGGAGAACACUUUCUCUGAGAAACAGUUCUUUUCUGAGGUAUUUUUCCCUAAUGUUCAGGAGAUUGAUGCAGAGCUGCGUGAUCCUUUGAUGCGUUAUGUUCUCAAUGAAAAAGUUGAGGAGUUCUCAGGAAUUCUUCGUGUUGCUCCAUGUAUUCCCUGUUCAUUGGAUGGACAUCCAUUAGUUACACCAUCAAGACUGAUCCAUCCUGAAGGAAGAGUUGCAAAGUUAUAUGAUGCUGAAGAUGGAAGAUUUCCUUAUGGCACCACUCAGGAUUAUCUUAACCCAGUUAUUUUGGUUAAACUUGUUCAGUUGGGAAUGGCUAAAGACGAUAUUUUAUGGGAAGAUCUGAUAGAACGUGCAGAGUCAGUAGCUGAAAUUAACAAGAUUGAUCAUGCUGCAGCUUGUCUCAGAAGCAGUAUUAUAUUGAGUCUUAUUGAUGAAAAACUAAAAUCUAGGGACCCUAGAGCUAAAGAAUUUGCUGCAAAAUGUCAAACCAUCCCUUUCCUUCCUUUCCUUAGCAAACCAGCAGGCUUCUCACUGCACUGGAAAGGCAGUGAUUUUCAGCCUGAAGCAAUGUUUUCAGCAACUGAUCUUUUCACUCCUGAUCAUCAAGAUAUAGUUUGCCUAAUACAACCAAUUCUUAAUGAAAAUUCCCACUCCUUUAAAGGUUGUGGUGCCUUGUCAUUAGCUGUCAAAGAAUUUUUGGGUUUACUGAAGAAACCAGCUGUUAAUUUGGUCAUAAAUCAGUUAGAAGAAGUUGCAAAGUCAUUUGAUGGAAUCACGUUAUAUCAAGAAAAUAUCACUAAUGCUUGUUACAAAUAUCUACAUGAAGCAAUGUUACAGAACGAAUCAACAAAAGCUAUAAUAAUUGAAGAACUGAAAAACUGUAGUUUUAUUCUGGUUGAGAACAUGUAUGUUGAUCCAACAAAAGUGUCUUUUCAUUUGAAUUUUGAAGCAGCACCCUAUCUCUAUCAGUUGCCUAAUAAAUAUAAAAAUAGUUUCCGUGAGCUAUUUGAAAGUGUGGGUGUAAGACAGGCUUUUACAGUUGAAGAUUUUGCUGUAGUUCUGGAAUUAAUAAAUCAGGAAAGAGGGACCAAACAACUAACAGAAGACAACUUUCAGCUUUGCAGGCGAAUAAUUAGUGAAGGAAUAUGGGGCCUCAUUAGAGAGAAGAAGCAGGAAUUUUGUGAGAAAAAGUAUGGCGAGAUUUUGUUACCCGAUACUCGUCUUGCACUUCUGCCUGCAAAAUCUUUGUGUUACAAUGACUGUCCAUGGAUUAAAGUUAAAGACACAACUGUUAAAUAUUGUCAUGGUGAUAUUCCAAGAGAAGUUGCAGUAAAGCUUGGAGCAAUACCAAAACGCCAUAAAGCUUUGGAAAGAUAUGCAUCCAAUAUCUGUUUUACUACCCUUGGAACAGAAUUUGGCCAGAAAGAAAAAUUGACAAGUAGAAUUAAAAGCAUUCUUAAUGCCUACCCUUCAGAAAAAGAAAUGCUGAAAGAGCUCCUUCAGAAUGCAGAUGAUGCAAAAGCUACAGAGAUCUGUUUUGUGUUUGAUCCUAGACAGCAUCCAGCCGAUAGAAUAUUUGAUGAGAAAUGGGCACCACUUCAAGGACCAGCACUGUGUGUUUACAACAAUCAGCCUUUUACAGAAGAUGAUAUUCGAGGAAUCCAGAACCUUGGAAAAGGUACAAAAGUAGGAAAUCCCUGUAAAACUGGACAAUAUGGUAUAGGUUUCAAUUCUGUUUAUCACAUUACUGAUUGCCCUUCUUUCAUAUCUGGCAAUGAUAUACUUUGUAUUUUUGAUCCUCAUGCUAGAUAUGCACCAGGUUCAACAUCAACGAGUCCUGGCCGCAUGUUUAGAGAUUUAGAUGCAGAUUUCAGAACACAGUUCUCAGAUGUACUGGAUCUCUUCUUAGGAAAUCACUUUAAACUGGAUAAUUGCACAAUGUUUAGGUUUCCUCUUCGAAAUGGAGAAAUGGCAAAAGUAUCAGAAAUUUCCUCAGUUCCGUGCUCGGAUAGAAUGGUCCAAAAUCUUUUAGAUAAGCUGCGUACAGAUGGAGCAGAACUCUUAAUGUUUUUGAACCAUAUGGAAAAAAUUUCUAUUUGUGAGAUAGAAAAAACAACAGGAGCACUGAAUGUGUUGUAUUCUGUACAAGGCAAAAUCACUGACGGAGACAGACUGAAACGAAAGCAAUUCCAUGCAUCUGUAAUUGACAGUGUAACUAAAAAAAAGCAGCUAAGUGAAAUACCUGUGCAACAGAUUACUUACACAAUGGAUACUGAAGACUCAGAAGGAAAUCUUACAACUUGGUUAAUUUGUAACAGGUCAGGCUUCUCUGCUAUGGAAAAGGUAUCCAAAAGUGUGGUUUCAGCCCACAAGAAUGAGGACAUUACUCUUUUUCCACGUGGCGGGGUAGCAGCUUGCAUUACUCAUAAUUACAAAAAACCCCACAGAGCAUUCUGUUUCUUACCGUUAUCUUUAGAAACUGGGUUACCUUUUCAUGUGAAUGGACACUUUGCUCUGGAUUCUGCAAGAAGAAAUCUAUGGCGUGAUGAUAAUGGUGUUGGAGUAAGAAGUGACUGGAAUAGCAGUCUGAUGACAGCGCUGAUAGCACCAGCUUAUGUUGAACUGCUGAUUCAGCUGAAGAAACGGUAUUUUCCAGGCACUGAUCCUACAGUAUCAGUGCUGCAAAACACACCCAUUCAUGUUGUGAAAGACACUUUAAAAAAAUUUUUAUCCUUUUUUCCAGUUAAUAGACUUGAUAUUCAGCCAGAUUGGUAUUGUUUAGUGAAAGCAGUUUACAGUUGCAUUUAUGAAGAUUUGAAGCGUCUUUUACCUGUUAUGCGAGCUCCAAAUAUCGAUGGUUCUGAUUUGCAUUCUGCUGUUAUCAUCACAUGGGUUAACAUGUCUACUGUGAACAAAGGCAGGCCAUUCUUUGACAAUUUACUACAAGAUGAACUGCAACAUCUUAAGAAUACAGAAUACAAUAUCACAACGCGGAAGACAGUGGCUGAAAAUGUUUACAGACUCAAGCAUUUACUCUUAGAAAUUGGAUUUAAUUUGGUAUAUAACUGUGAUGAAACUGCAAAUCUUUACCACUGUUUGGUAGAUGCAGAUAUUCCUGUCACCUACGUGACACCUGCUGAUGUCCGAUUAUUUUUGAUGACGUUUUCUUUUCCAGACUCUAAUUGCCACAUUGGAAAGUUACCUUGCCGUCUUCAGCAGACAAAUUUGAAACUCUUCCAUAGUCUCAAACUUCUCGUUGACUAUUGUUUUAAAGAUGCAGAAGAAAAUGAAAUCCAAAUUGAGGGCUUGCCACUCCUUAUUACUCUUGACAAUGUUUUGCAAAUUUUUGAUUCAAAGCGACCGAAGUUCUUAACAACAUACCAUGAACUGAUUCCAUCUCGCAAGGAUCUCUUUAUGAACACAUUGUAUUUGAGAUACAACAAUAUUUUACUUAGCAGUGAAGUAGCGAAAGUCUUUGAUAUUACAAGUUUUGCUGAAUUGUUAUCAUCUGUGUUGCCUAGAGAAUAUAAAACUAGAAAUUGUAUGAAAUGGAAGGAAAACUUUGCAAGUGAAUCUUGGCUUAAAAAUGCCUGGCAUUUUAUUAGUGAGUCUAUAAAUAUUAAGGAAGAGCAAGAAGAUACGCAAGCAAAAUUCAAUGAUGUUGUUGAAACUUUGAAGGACUGGACUUUGCUCCCAGGUGUAAGGUUUACUGUCUCAGCUAAUCAUCUUGUUGUGCCAGAGUGUGAUGUUUUGCUGCCCCUCAGCAUUAUGCAUAUAGCUGUUUUUCCAAAUACUCAGAGUGAUAAAGUCUUUCAUGCUUUAAUGAAAACAGGCUGUAUUCAGCUGGCAUUGAACAAAAUUUGCUCCAAAGACAGUGCUUUAUUGCCUUUGUUGUCAGGAUGUACAGCAAAUAUAGAUAAUCCUUCAAGCAUUCUGAAAGCCAUACAAUAUAUGGUACAGACAUCAACUUUUAGGACUGAAAAGUUAGCAGAAAGUGACUUUGAGGCUCUCUUAAUGUACUUUAAUUGCAAUUUAUGUAAUUUGACAUCUCAAGAUGACAUUAAAAUUUUAAAGUCUCUUCCAUGUUAUAAAUCGAUUAGUGGCCGAUACAUCAGCAUUUCAAAAUAUGGGACUUGUUAUGUCCUCACGAAAAGCAUCCCAUCAGUAGAAGUAGACAGGUGGACACAGUCGACUUCAUCAGCUUUUCUUGAAGAGAAGGUUCAUUUGAAAGAUUUGUAUACUGUGCUUGGCUGUGUCUCUGUGGAUGAUCUUGAAGUGUACUUGAAACAUCUUUUGCCAAAAAUUGAAAGUCUGUCUUAUGAUGCAAAAUUAGACCACUUGAUCUACUUAAAGAAUAGGCUAACUAGCAUUGAAGAAACUUCAGAAAUGAAAGAACAGCUGUUUGAAAAGCUUGAAAGCAUUUUGAUCAUUCAUGAUGCAAGCAAUAGAUUAAAACCUGCAAAGUAUUUUUAUGACAGGACUGUCAGAGUGUUUGAAGUUAUGCUUCCUGAAAAAUUCUUUAUACCUCAAGAUUUUUUUAAGAAACUAGAGCAACUUACAAAACCAAAAAACCAAGCUGCAUUCCUUCCAUCAUGGGUAACUUUUCUACGACAUAUUGGAUUGAAAUUCAUCAUUUCACAGCAACAGUUAUUACAGUUUGCUAAGGAGAUCAGCAUGCGAGCGAAUACAGAAAACUGGUCUAAAGAAACACUACAGAACACUGUCGAUGUCCUCCUUCAUCACAUAUUUCAAGAAAGAACUGACCUUUUCUCAGGAAAUUUUCUGAAAGAAUUGUCAUUAAUUCCUUUUCUGUGCCCUGAACGAGCUCCAGCAGAAUUUGUUAGAUUUCAUCCUCAGUAUCAAGAAGUUAAUGGGACGCUUCCUCUUAUACGAUUCAAUGGGGCACAGGUGAAUCCUAAAUUCAAACAGACUGAUGUGUUGCAGUUGCUGUGGACUUCAUGUCCCAUUCUUCCUGAGAAAGCAACACCUUUAAGCAUCAAAGAGCAAGAGGGAAGUAGUCUUGGUGUGCAAGAACAACUUGAGCAAGUUUUAAUGAUGCUGAACGUUAAUUUGGACCCUCCCCUGGACAAAGUUAUCAAUAACUGCAGGAACAUAUGCAAUAUAACAACUUUAGAUGAGGACAUGGUGAAAACUAGGGCCAAGGUCCUAAGAAGCAUUUAUGAAUUUCUUAGUACAGAGAAAAGGGAAUUCCGCUUUCAGCUUCGAGGAGUUUCUUUUGUAAUGGUGGAAGAAGGUUGGAAGCUCCUUAAGCCUGAAGAGGUGGUAAUAAAUCUUGAGUAUGAAUCUGAUUUUAAACCUUAUCUUUACAAACUUCCUUUAGAACUUGGUACUUUCCAUCAGUUAUUUAAACAUUUGGGUACUGAAGAUAUUAUUUCAACAAAGCAGUAUGUUGAAGUUCUAGGUCGCAUAUUCAAGAACUCGGAAGGAAAGCAAUUGGAUCCUAAUGAAAUGCGCACAGUUAAAAGAGUAGUUUCUGGCCUGUUCAAAAGUCUUCAGAAUGAUUCUGUCAAAGUUAGGAAUGAUCUUGAGAAUAUGAGGGAUUUUGCCCUUUACCUUCCCAGUCAAGAUGGGAGGUUGGUAAAGUCUAGUAUCUUAGUUUUUGAUGAUGCACCGCACUACAAAAGCAGAAUCCAAGGUAACAUUGGUGUGCAAAUGCUUGUUGAUCUUAGCCAGUGUUACUUAGGCAAAGACCAUGGUUUUCAUACUAAAUUGAUAAUGUUAUUCCCUCAGAAACUGAGGCCUCGUUUACUUAGCAGUAUUCUUGAAGAACAGUUGGAUGAAGAGUCUCCCAAAAUUUGUCAGUUUGGAGCAUUAUGUUCUUUGCAGGGAAGGUUACAGUUACUGUUGUCUUCAGAACAAUUCAUCACAGGACUCAUUAGGAUUAUGAAGCAUGAAAAUGACAAUGCUUUUUUAGCUAAUGAAGAAAAAGCAGUAAGACUUUGCAAAGCUUUGCGAGAAGGUUUGAAAGUUUCCUGUUUUGAGAAGUUGCAAACGACAUUAAGAGUUAAAGGUUUUGCUCCUAUUCCCCACAGCAAAAGUGAAACAUUUGCUUUCCUGAAGAGGUAUGGAAAUGCAGUAAUACUGCUUUACAUACAGCAUUCUGACAGCAAAGACAUAAAUUUCCUGUUAGCAUUAGCAAUGACCUUAAAAUCUGCAACUGACAACCUGAUUUCUGAUACCUCGUAUUUAAUUGCCAUGCUGGGUUGUAAUGAUAUUUAUCGGAUCAGUGAGAAGCUUGAUAGUUUAGGAGUGAAGUAUGACUCUUCUGAGCCAUCAAAACUUGAACUACCAACACCUGGCACUCCUAUACCAGCUGAAAUUCACUAUACACUUCUUAUGGAUCCGAUGAAUGUAUUCUAUCCUGGUGAAUAUGUUGGUUAUCUUGUUGAUGCUGAAGGUGGUGAUAUAUAUGGAUCGUAUCAACCAACUUAUACUUACGCAAUCAUUGUACAAGAAGUAGAAAGAGAAGAUGAUGAAAGUCCCAGCUUUCUAGGGAAGAUUUACCAGAUUGAUAUUGGAUAUAGUGAAUAUAAAAUAGUGAGCUCUCUUGACUUGUACAAAUUUUCAAGACCGGAGGAAAGUUCUCAAAGCAGGGAUAGCACACCUUCUACCCCAACCAGUCCUACAGAAUUUCCAGCACACGGACCGAGGACAAUUCCACCUCUUUUCACUGGUAGAGAGAGCCACAAAACAAUGUCCUCAAAACAUCACUCUCCAAAAAAGAUAAAGUCAAACUUGUUGCCAGAAAUAUUAAGAGAAGUGACAUCUGUGAUUGAACAGGCUUGGAAGCUUCCAGAAUCUGAAAGAAAAAAGAUUAUUAGGAGGCUGUAUCUUAAAUGGCAUCCAGACAAAAAUGCAGAGAAUCUUGAUAUAGCUAAUGAAGUUUUCAAACAUUUACAGAAUGAGAUUAACAGGCUAGAAAAACAGGCCUUUAUGGAUCAAAAUAUGGACAGAGCCUCAAGAAGACCAUUUUCAUCCUCUGCUUCUCGAUUUCAGUCCGAUAAAUUUUCAUUUCAGAGAUUUUACACUUCAUGGAAUCAAGAAGCAACAAGCCACAAAUCUGAAAGGCAACAGUAUAAAGAAAAGUGUCCAUCUUCCACGGGGCCAUCUUACUCGCAACGCUUUUUUGUCCCACCUACAUUCAGGUCUGUUGGCAAUCCUGUAGAGGCACGUCGAUGGCUUAGGCAGGCCCGAGCUAACUUUUCAGCUGCAAGAAAUGACCUUCAUAAAAAUGCCAAUGAAUGGGUAUGCUUUAAGUGCUACCUUUCUACUAAACUAGCCUUGAUUGCAGCUGACUAUGCUGUGAAGGGCAAAUCAGACAAAGACGUAAAACCAGCAGCCCUUGCACAAAAAAUAGAGGAAUAUAGUCAGCAACUUGAAGGGCUUACAAAUGAUGUUCAGACGUUGGAAGCUUAUGGGGUAGAUAGCUUAAAAACUAGGUAUCCUGACUUACUUCCUUUUCCACAGAUUCCCAAUGAUAGGUUUACUUCAGAAGUUGCUAUGAGAGUGAUGGAAUGUACUGCUUGUAUCAUAAUAAAACUUGAAAACUUUAUACAACAAAAAGUAUAAGAGAUUCGGAGAGGUGAGGGAACUGUUUUGUCAAGAGCUUAGGUAUUUUCAUGUGAUGGGAUACAAAUGCGAUUGUGCAGAUUACUGAACAUCCAAGAGGUUACACAUUACCAAGCAGUUCAGAAGUGUAGUGCACAAAGGUGGAUGGUACUGAAGUACGUAGAAUUGACAUUUAUUUAAACAGGAUUUUUUUUUAACUGAGCCUGCUGUAUAAGCAAACUGUAAAACAUGAAUAUUUUUUAAAAUCUGCAAGGAAACUGAGCUGCAAAAAUUAGCUGUAUGUACAAUAUUGUGAUUAAUUGGCAUAUUAUUGAACUGCACUUUAUAUAACCAAAGCUUAGCUUUCUGUUAGAUGAAGCCUGUAAUUAUAACUCCUUAUUAGAUUUUGUUUCAUUUAAUAUAAUAUUUCCGAAACGGUAAUGUCAGUUUUCAGUGUACUAAUCUUAAGACUGGACAUACUAUGAAAUGGGAGGUGGGAUGGAAAUUGAAAUAACUUUGGAGGUAUUGCUCCAAAGCAUUUCUGUAUUCUUUUGUGUUCUAUGGACAUUAGUGUCACUCAUAGUAAUACUCUCAUCAGCUGGAUCUGAUUAUAAAUUUGCUGCAGCAUCACAUUGUGAACGUUUUUAAAGGAUUUUAGUACCUGUGAACUGGUAGUUAUUUUAAUGCUGAAUAAUGAUACUUGAUUUAACAUGAAACUUCAUGUCAUGCAUUGAUUGCAUUUACCUUAUUAUGAGAUAAUUAAGUAUUUAAUUUACUUUUUUUCUAGAGCCUGUCAUCUUUUGUUUAAUGAAAAAUGCAUGUGGAUGGUAUAAAAUUGGUGAACAUUAUUAUAUGGUGUUUUAUGAUUUUUUUUUGAACACCAAAGCCCAGUUUUCAGAUGUCUAAAUGCUUGAGUUUUUUUUUUUUCCUGUGUGCGUGCCUUUGUGUGUGUACAUAUAUAUAUAUAUUUUUCCACAAACAUUGAUAAUAGUACAAUUCAGUAACCCAUUUUUGGUGUACACUGAGCACUGUUUUUUGUUACAUGUUUAAAGGUGCUGCAAUGUAAUGCUCUUUUUAUUUUGUUGUUCACUACAGCCCUAGAGAAGUCUGAUUUUUAGUUCACACUCUUUCUUUUAUAGUUUGUAAUACUUUUGGUAAUGUCAUGCAAUAUGUUCAACUUCAGCUAUUUGUAAAAAAAAAAAAAAAAUAAAUAAAAAUAUGGAAGGAUAAUGCUAAAUGGAAGGAUUUUUCUUUGCUGGGUCAGCCACAUUUAACAUAAAUGUUAAACUUUUUCCAGUGGCAUGCUCUUACAAUUGUUUACUUGACAGCACAGUGAAACUGUAAUUUAACUUACAGAAUACAAAGGAAAAUAAACAACAGUGAGCUUGAAGGGCUGAUACAGCUGCGAUAGUGUUGUAAUCCAAAAAUAAAAAAUCACGAUGAAGGCUUCUUCAAUUUUGUGAAAAUGAUAAAGGGCUUGUUCUCUUCUGAAAAAUCUUGCAAGUUGUAGUGGGAAGAAAUGUGAUGUUUGGAAAAUGAUACUGCUUCUGAUUGUGAAGCCCUAUUAUUAUUUCUGCUAUUAAAUAUUAAGUGCCAUAAUUUUAAUAAAGAAAAAUGCAAACAUAUAUUUCAGUCUGAUGUGUUUUGGUUUUAUAAAGUACACUAAAUUUACCUAUUAUUUCAAGCUUUCUUUUAUAUAGGUAAAUACACACUCCUUUCAAUUCAUUCUAAAUAAUUGUACAAAUAUUUUAAUAUUAUUAAAAAGGAAAAAUGCUUUUUUCUUGCAAUGACAAAUGUUUGCAGUUUUCUGAAAGAAAUUGUACAUUUUGCUGAUUUUUUUUUCAAUAAAUAGCAUGUAAGUAAACCACAAAUCCUGGUGUGCCAUGAAACAAAUCAGUUUAGUUAAUUCCCUAUGUUUUUAAAACAGAUUCCUUUGUGGCUCUUACUUACUUUGUGCAUUAAGUCAGAUGAAUAGUAUUCAGGGUUAGCAAAAUACUAACAAAAGGAAACAGUUCUCAUUGUGUUUUUCAGUUUAAAUGGAGCUAAAACAUACGGUAGGAUGAAAAUGAGUAACAGGAGCAACAUGAACACUUUCCCGUUUUUAGGUGAGAUCUUGAGGCAGGAAAUCUUUUAAGCACAUAACUGUGUUUUGUAAGCAACUUAUGUUGCCUUCCCAAUAUUUUUAUGAACUUUUAAAAUGGCUGCACAGAACUACUAAACUAUUCUGUUAUAUUUUAAUUUUGUAUAUAUUGUUGAGUGCUGACACUGUGAGAAAGAAAAUGGUCCCAGAUCUUAGGAAGCUAAUGGUCUGAAGUGAUUUUAAAUAUUGAACCAAGGUCAGCAAGAAAACCUGGAUGACACAGAAAAAUUAACUUAUUCUAUUAUUCCUGGGUUGAUACUAUCAAUCAGUUGCAAUAAAAUUUACAUAUGGAUGCAGAGAGACAGGCAAGAGUGGUGUCUCAAUUUGAAGUCUCUUAUUUUCUUUAUUUGCUUAACUCACUGUAACAGGUGGCCUAAAUAAAGUGGCCUUAUGAGACCAGGAAACCAUAUUGUGAUAGAAACUGAUUUCAUAAGUGCCAUUAAUCCAUGUUUUUAAACAAAUAAAUAAAAUGCUUAAUUCAUGCUGCUUUUUGGCUCAGCUGUGAGCCUUGGGAAAUGCAGAAUAACAUAUUUGCUCCUAAGUUGGGCGUGGAAGCUCAGAACAGUUAGUAUGUGACGAUUCCUUAGUAAGAGUCAGUAGAAGUAAAUGUUAGCAUGUAGGUUCCACAAAAACACGUUUUACAAGUAAUUCUACACAUUACACAAGUUCACAUGAGAGAAAAGGUCUUUUCAGCCAGGUAUAUGUCCUAGUUAUCUUCACAGGUACCAGUAAUGUGUCUAGGAAAAGCAGCUUCAGUAGUCCUGUCUCCCAGUAUUAUAGUUGUGAGGUUUAGCGAAGAUCAGUGGUACAGGACACUGAUUUAACUGUGCAUUUAGUAGCCUAAAUCUAAGGAGCUGCGGUUGUAACAAGCCUUGGCAGGUUUGUUACUAUUUAUCUUCUUGUGGAAGCUUUGAA